UUUUUGCCAACUCAUUUCCAGUUCCGUUACUUCUUCAAUUUGUAUGCAGAGAGUAAGCCGCGUCAUCCUCACUCACUCUAUAAGUAUCACGCCACCCCCACAUAUACUUAUGAUUUCUUUUCUUCCUCCACCGCCCCCUGAGUCGAUAAGCAUAUAUCACGCAGCAGAUAGAUUACAGUCAGAUCAUCGUACGUUACCGAUCAACUUCCCUCCAGUGAAACUUACCUACAUUUUGGUCGAUUCAAGGGUAAAUAAAAGAGAUUCCCAAAAAUGAAUGAUCAAGAAUCAGAUUCUGGAUUCCUCAGUCUUUUUCAUGUAGACAAGUUCUUCUAUUAUUCCUAUGGAGAGAGUGGUCAGCCUGGAGCGGGAAAUGGUCAACAACAGUAUGCUGAUGAUGACACAGUUUACACCAAUGCUAAUGAGGAAAUUGCUCAUGCGUUUCAAAACCAGCUCUCAAUUACAGGAGAAUCUGGAGCUUACUUUACUGAAGGGUGUUAUCAUGGCCAGCAAUUCCCCAGUGAUGAUGGUGUCCAGUCAUGGCAGGUUACUGAUGACUAUCCAGAAUCUUCCAUUUUGGUUCAGCCAGGGCAUGCUCCAUCAAAGGAUCAUUUUUCUGGAAAUAAUAACGAAGAUCCUGAAAAGUCUAUUCGCUUUGGACCAUCUUCCUCUAGCCACCCUGCUGAAGACAGACGUUCAGGUGGUGAAGAACCCAACCAGGUGUUGGGAAUAAAAUAUGAAUCAGAGUUUGAUGCUGAUAUCGCCAGGCGGCUCAAUGAAGUUGAUGCUGUUCCACUCAUUCCUAGAAUAAAUACACAUAUACCCUCGGACGAUGAAACCACAUCUCAUAAAGAAAGGCUUCUAAAUAGAUUGCAACGUUGUGGCCUGGUUGAGAACAUAGUCGAAGGGGAUGGGAACUGUCAGUUCCGUGCUCUAUCAGAUCAGUUUUAUCGGAUGCCCGAACAUCACAGUUUUGUGAGACAACAAGUUGUUAAUCAGCUUAUGAAUCACCCAGAGAUGUAUGAUGCAUAUGUACCAAUGGCUUAUGGUGAUUAUCUGAAGAGGAUGAUGGAGGAUGGUGAGUGGGGUGAUCAUGUAACAUUGCAGGCUGCUGCUGACUUGUAUGGAGUGAAGAUUGUUGUCAUAACAUCACACAAGGAGACCUGUUUCAUCGAGAUCCUUCCAAGGACACAAAAGUCUAAUAGAGUCAUAUAUUUGAGUUUUUGGGCGGAGGUGCACUAUAAUUCUAUAUAUCCUCAUGAAGGAGGUAUCGACCACUUGGAUCAAGGGAUUAAUACUUCUGAGGAAGUCAACUCUAGCUACUCUCCUGCAGUUGCAAGUUCUCAUGUGGGAGACUUGAAGGUGAAGAAAAAGAAGUGGUGGAAUUUCUUAAAAAAGAAAUAGAGGUUGAUGUUGCAGAUUUCAACUGAAGCUUCUUGGCCCAUGUCAGAGAUCUUGCUGGUGCAAAUCCAAUCAUAUUAGUUGUGACUAAGGUGGAUCUUCUUCCAAAAGAAACAGACCUUAAUUGUAUUGGUGAUUGGGUUGUUGAGGCAACAACGAAAAAGAAGCUGAAUGUUCUGAGUGUUUAUUUAACAAGUUCAAAGUCUUUGGUUGGCAUAUGUGGAGGGGUGUCAGAAAUCCAAAAACAGAAGAAGGGUUCAGCUAAUGUUGGAAAAUCUGCAUUUAUCAAUGCUCAGUUAAAGAUGAUGUCAUACAAGGACCCAGUGGCUGCUGCUGCAAGGAAAUACAGACCAAUUCAAUCUGCUGUUCCUGGAGCGACUUUGGGUCCAAUACAGAUUGAUGCUUUCUUAGGUGCAGGUGUAAGUAUUAUUUCAAUAGGCCAACUUUUGUAACAAAUGUUUUCAAUAAAACCGUAAAUGGAAACAGUGUAGUGAUUGAAGAAUCUGAUGUUCUGGUGAACUUUUUUGGGCCAGAGUUAUUGUCCAACAAUUGCCUAACAAAUUCCCUGUUGCAAUGGAAUAGACUUUUCUUUUACCUGUUUUCUGCAAGUUGUGCAUAAUUUGGCUGUCCAAAUCGUAUUUUUUCCUUUUAGAUAAUGUACAAUACUCCUGGAGUCCAUCUCCAUCAAAGACAAGCUGCAGUGGUUCAUUCAGAGGAUCUGCCUGCUCUUGCUCCUCAAAGUCGGCUUCGUGCCUAAGAUAUUUUAUUCUGACCAUAUUAAAGAAUAAAAAAGCACCAUGUUUUUCCUUUUCCCUUUUUGCUUAAUUCUUUUGUUAUUGUGACUAGGACUCUCAGUUGGCUUUACACAAACUGAUCGCUGAUCAAGUUGGAUCCAGCGGUUUGACUGGAUUCUCUAUGUUCUGGGGAGGUCUUGUGCGAAAAGAUGUUUUGAAGGUUUUGUGUCUAAAGAUUAGUAAAAUAUAAUUUUAAAAUCAAAAUAGUUUUUAUUUUAUUCCAAUUCUGUUUUUAUGCAAUCUUAUUGCAGAGAGUGUUUUUGUGCUUGCUAACUGCCUAACUGCUCAUUUUUUUCAGGCAGUGUUUUUUCUUCUAAUGACUUUCUUUGGUUGUACAUUUUCAUCCCCCAGGCUCUUCCUGAGACACGGUUAAUGUUUUAUGGACCCGCGUGUGAUGUAGCCAUAUGCCCAUAUCUGGUCUGGGAUGGAUUUCUGUUGAACCUGUUGGCAUUACGCUCAAAUCAUCUAAUAGUUGGAUUGUAGAUGAGACUGUUGGGGAGUUAAUUUUGGUUGUUCAUGUUCCUAAGCCAGUUGAGAUAUUUGUUCGGCCACCAAUGCCGGUAGGGAAAGCAGGAGCAGAAUGGUACAGUAUAGGGAGCUAACAGAGACUGAAGCUGAAGUCAGGCCUAAAUGGUUCUUCUGACCAAGAUCACAUUUGCUACCCGGGCCGGUCCCGGGCCCACCUAUUCAGAACUGGCGGCCCGCCCGUUCCUAGGCCCGGCCCGGCCCGAAUCCAGCCCUGGGUAGCAACCGCCUUGAGUUUUUCUGAUAUUAGACAACCCAAAAUGAUAAUAUAAAAAAGUGGAGUUCUUACAAAAGUACGGCCGUGUAGGAGCAGUGCAAGGGUAGACAAUUUUGUCUAUCUUCUUAUACAAAAGUGUUUUGUGAUUAUUUUGAGUUUCCAUGUAGAGAUUUGAGUUUUUUGCAAUUGCUAUGCAUAGUUGUUUCCAUGGAUUUUUAGGAUUAUUUUACUUGUAUGCCCAAACUUAAUACGACAUAGGUGUUAAAGUUUGCAAACUCAUAUAACUCUUCUGUCAUAACAAAUUUUAAAAUGCAUUCACACUUCUGUCUCAAUACAUUAAUCUUUCGGCAUCUGAAAUUGACAAAAGAUUUUUUAUUUUGUAACUACUAAUGCUAAAUAUAAUUUUAUAGAUAAAUAUGGUAAUGAAAUAAAGGAUAAUACUUAAAAGUAUUAAGGAUGUAUACAUACUAAUAUGAAUAUGAUGUAUACAUAAACUGAUAAAAGGCUACCUAAAAUUUUGAAGCUCUCUAAAAUGCCUACCAAAUUUAUAGUUAGACAUGCAUAUGAUUUUGUAAUUGGCUUCACAUUCUGAUUGAUAUCACCUGCGUCAUUUACCCAAGUCAUUGAAUAGUAGUCUUCCUUUGUGUAUUAAGUACUUGUGUAUUAUAAUGUUUUGCUACAAAAUGCAAAUGGAUGUUACUGUUAAUCAUUCAAUGUUUUUUUAGAUGAUAAAAAUCACUUAAGUUCUGAUGGGGGUAGUAGUUGCAAUGAAAAACAAAACAAAGUUGAUUAUGGUGAUGUUGAAAAUGUUAUUCAAGGAAAACGUGAAACACAGGUUUGACACGUGCUGACAUAUUAGAGGUUUAGAAUUUGGCUUCUUUGCUGAUGGGGUACACCCUCAUUGAGGGCAAAUUGCCCGACUUAUUUUAAUUUGUAGAAAGUUUGAGUAGCCAUUUUCCAGCUUGUCAACUAUUUAUUUUUACCAAACACUUCUGAAUUAUUUAAUAAUGAAUUAAAGCAGCGCUAAUCGUACUUUUUUGCAGAAGUAAUUAUAUUUUCCUUUUAUGAACAAACAAUAUUUUACUACAUAAUAGUUUUCCUUUUUAUUCAAGUAAAUUAGCAAUUUCAGUUUGAUAAUGAACCGGAGAAGCUGGCUUAACCUUAUUUACAUAAUUACAUGAUGAAUCGACUGUUGUGGUAGGUCUAUUCAGGCAAAAUUUUUAACUGAUGACAAUCCAAGAUACACAAUGGAGUGUGCUGAUGUGGGGAUAAAGGUUCUUCUCUUUGAUUAUGAAAAUUCUUAUCCAUGGUGCAAGACUGAUGUAAUUGAAGGGCAUCCUUUGGUUACAAAAGUUCAUAAUUGGGAAGAACUGGAGCAACAAUUGGAAGCGUGGAUUUUUCCUGAAAUCAAUGCAAAGUAGGUUAGGUCUGUUUUUAGUGUGAAAGAAAACCAAUGAAGUUCAAUAGGCUGUUGUUUGAUAAAGUUUUUUUCAUGUCUGUUUCAUUGAUUAUUCCAUCAUUAUGCCUUUAUUGCAAUUUUCAAUUGGUCAGUUUACAACCCAAACAAUAAGUGUUAAGACCCGGGGUUCCAUCUUAAAAGGUCAACCUCAUAGGAGGAGAGCCUUAUGUAGUGUUUUAUUGUUUUAUAGCUUUCCGGUGUGGGACAAAUACUUUAACAGUAAGCUAUCGGCUUCUAACGAUUAUGGUUUGAGUAGGAAACUAAGCAGCAACGUACACACCAAGACAUUGAGAUCUGUAGGUGAAGAGUGUUAAUCAUUUUAAGAGCCUCAUAUACUGUCCAGUGGGGGAUAAACAAUUCAUUUUAAGGCCAUCAGUCUUGAUUUCAGGGCACUAAUAUGAUUGAAGAAGCUGUAAGGUGUAAACUUUGGUUUAUGCUCAAUUCUCAACAUUUUUGUUAACUUCACUUUAUAUUUGGAGCAAGCCCUUGAACCCUAUACAAAUAAGCAAAUAACAUUUCUUGCAUGUUUAUAUCAUGUCAUGAUUAACCAAAACUUGCUUUGGAGAGUAUUUUAUUUUAUUUCACAGCUUACCUUUGACAUUAAUAAAUGGUUCAAUUUUAGGGGAUCUCAUCAACAACCCAUUCUCAUAUUGGUCAUAUUAUAUAUACGUGUAUAGAACACAAAGUUCAUUACUGUAAAUGUUGUUUAUGCUUUACACUCUGGAAGAUUGAACAUUUUUUCCAUUACCUUUAUUGUAGUCAUAUUAUACUGCAGUUCAGAUUGAGUGAGAAGACAUUCCUGGAGAACAUGACAGUAAUGUAGAAGGAAGUGGAGAUGAUGAAAAAAAUGAACAACAUUUACAUUGCGGUGAUGGUCACACAUCAAAAGAGGGUGAAGAAGAUUUGAAUUAUGAUAGUGAUGGAAAACUAAAGGAGGUUCACAGACCAAAGAACCAGCUGUCACAGUUUCAAAGAGAAAAAGUGAAAGUGAACCUCCAAACACUCAACCUCAUGCAGCAGGGUGCAUCGAAUCAGCCUCUAAUGGGCCAUUUAGGCCCUAGUAUUCUUGAGUAAUAGUUGUAAUGGCUGGGAAAUAUGUAAGGCCUAACAUGUGAUGCCAAUUGCAGUUGAACAUUUAGUAUGAUUUUGUAGCCUGAUUUUUAAUGUUUUAAAC